AUGACAUUUCUUCCCACCACACAAUGGCGUGAACGUGUCUGGCGUCAGACUUUAGCACUGAUCGAGAAAAACUUCCUCCUGUUUCUCAGAUCACCAUGGGCAACUCUCUUUCGCGCAUUGAUCCUGCCAAUAGUUUUCACUGCAUUAUUAUGUUCCGGUGGAAAACUCACCAAUAUUUCAUCCACGCCGACCGAAGGUGGAAUUGCCGACUCUUCGCAGCAGAUUAAAAGCCUGAAAGAAGCGCUGGAUGGGGUUCCCCUCAAGAAACUAGUUCUUUGCCGGAAUGGAUUCAAUGGAACGGAACUCAAUUCGAUCAUAGAGACUGCGGUACAAGGCCUCAGUUCGGACAGGUGGGUUACUAUUGACGACGUGGACGACUUGUAUUACGAUUGUCUACAAUCACGGACUGGUAUAUCCAACUGCUUCGCUGCUGUCAUCUUCACCUCAUUCAAUGCUACCAAUGUGGAUUAUAUCAUCGCCACCGACAGUGCUACAAGCCUAUCGAGUACCGACUUUGCAAAGCAUGAAUCGUUGAGCAACGACCGCCUCCUGCCACUGCAAUGGGCUAUCGAUUCCAGCAUUGGGAGCUUCACUAAAACGACUCCGCCAUCGGAACUUCCCUGGUCUGGAUAUUUCGGGGACCAAGCGAGAGAUUCAAGCUCACCACUUGAUUCUGUAUCUUGGUUUGUGGUAAUUUACUACUUCGUCGCUCCGGCAUUUCUCCUCGCUUUGAUUGGUGUUGUCUACCAUGCCAGUCUAUUUGUGGCAUCGGAAAGAGAAUUGGGAAUGACCGAACUUCUAGAUGCACAAACUUGCACGAAAACACCUCGAAUUUUCUCCACCAUUGCUUCUUUUGUUGCAAUUUACUCGCCGGGAUGGUUCGUUUGCUCCAUUCUCAUGACCCAGCUUCUCUUCACGCGUUGCUCGGAUGUCCUCCUCCUGUUCCUCACGCUAAUAGCUGGGACAUCUCUCACUGUGUGGUCACUGUUCUUAUCCUCAUUUUUCAGGAAAACCCAGCUAGCAGGACUUUAUGCUUCCAUUCUCACAUUUACGCUGGCCUUCGGCACGGUAGCGUUCGCUUUCGGUGAUAACCCACCUCAUACCACAAUCUCAAUACUAAGUAUCUUAUUUCCUCCAUUCGCCUACUCAACUCUCAUCGGCGACAUUGCGCGGGCCGAGGCGCAACUCACCAGCUUUUCGCUCCUGAAGUCCACGGUGUCCAUCACGGCCACCUCUGAUACUCAACAUUUCACUCCCCAAGUCACCGGCUACCUGUAUAUUAUAUUCUUCUGUGCCCACAUUGUGAUUUAUACCGCUGCGUGCUUUGCAGUCGACCACUACAAAUGGAGUGUGAAAAGAACCUACGAUGAGAUUGAUUCGUCUAGUGACGUUGCAGUACGUUGCACCGAACUUUCGAAGACUUUUGAAGCAAGCCGACGAUGGUACUGGCCAUGGAGCACCGUGGGAAGCAGCCAUCUUGCUGUUAACAGUUUAAAUCUUGAAUUGAAGACAGGUUCAGUCAACUUCCUGCUCGGGCCAAAUGGGGGAGGUAAGACGACGACGCUCAAAUGUAUCGCGGGCAUUAUACCUGCGGACAAAAGUUCUCGACUGGAGAUCAAUCAGAAUGCCACGUUUUUUGGCGUUUGCCCCCAGCAUAAUGUUUUCUGGGAGGGACUGACGGUUUCCGAACACGUCAGAAUUUGGAGAAAGAUUAAAACUGGAGCAAGUGUGGUUGGAGGCGAAGAUGAUGUGCUUGCGGAGUGCGAUAUCUUGACAAAAUCUAACCAAGCUGUCGAGACAUUAUCCGGAGGCCAGCAAAGGAAGCUGCAGCUUGCCAUCGCAUUUGUGGGAGGUUCCACAAUGUGUUUCAUCGAUGAGGCUUCCAGUGGCUUGGAUCCUCUCUCAAGACGCAAUAUCUGGAACAUUAUCUCUAAUUGUCACUCGCGCCGUACCGUCUUGAUAACUACGCAUUUCCUUGAUGAGGCCGACAUUCUCGCGGACAAUAUUUCUAUCAUCUACAAAGGAGGACUUGUGUGUACCGGCACCCCCACUUCACUGAAAGCCAAACACGGACUGGACCUCGAGAUCCGCCAGAUUGCGACAGAAGAUGACGAAGGCUACGUAGAAGAAGAUGAAGAUGAUGAUGAAAAAAUGCCUAAGUGGAACAUGAAGACUUCUACUGAAGCAACAAAGAAGAUUCUAGAAUUGGAAGAGCUAUCAGGUGGUUUAUACUCAGUUACCUUCCCGACGCUAGAGCAAGUCUUUUUGAACGUCACCAAUUCAUCGCUGAUGGAUGGUAAUGGCAACGGAGAUGUAGCACUUGAUGAACAGAUAUCUAGACAGGAGACUGAGCUCGAAGAACUGAACCCAGGAAGUGUGGAGGGAGUAACCCUUGAAGUUGGAACGCAAACCAAGCUAUUUCACCAAAUUCUAGUUAUCCUGAAGAAACGCUACCUUCUAGCACGGCACAGCUGGAUGAGUUAUGGCAUCGCUGUCGUAAUCCCACUUGUCAUUGCCGCUGCACUAGCCAGCUCGGUCGCCAAAUUCGAAACUUUUGAUACCUGUACACAUAGAAUAGAUGUUACCAUGCGAACUGCAAGCAUGGCAGAGUCCAUAUCCUUGGGAGAGGGUUAUGAUGCUUACGAUGUUCUCGGUCCUUUGGACACCCCUGAUUUCUACAGCGCUGAGGACCUUGCACACUAUACAAUUUCUAGCAUUGCUGGACCACCGGCUGCUUUUGAUGGCGAAGCUCAAAAUAUACUUUAUGUCGAGAACAUGGCACGAUAUUUUGGGUCAUUCACUCUUGAAAAGGAGGGUGUUACUGGAGAACAGAAGGCUCUAGCUACUCGUGGCAAUGCAUCUUCACUUACAGAAAUGAUUUCCAUCAUCAAAGAUCACCACGGUGAGCCAGCAUUUGGUGUUCUUGCUGAUUCGGCCAAUGUCACGCUCGUUCAUCGAAUGCAUCCAGAAUUCUCCAUGGCGGGUAUGAACAUCAUCACAAAUCGACUUGCGAACUCCUCGACACAAACUGGAACGGCAAGGAAGGUCAAGACCACGUAUCGCAAAUUCCGACACGUCAAGUUUGAGCCCGACUCAAUGUCAAUUCCUAUCUUGGUGUUCAUAACACUUGGGUUCAUAUGUAGCACAAGUGUAAGCAUCAUGUAUCCGGUAUUUGAGAGGAUCAAUAAUGUCAGAGCUUUGCAGUAUUCAAAUUCAGUCUCGUCUGCAGCACUAUGGACAGCCUAUCUGAUCUUCGAUAUGCACAUUGGAAUCAUCACGUCCGUCAUAACAUGGGCAAUUAUAUUUUCGGUCGGGAAUAGCCGCGUCUGGUAUGAAUCAACAUUCAUCCUCUUUGCAAUACUGCUAUUCUGUAUUGCGACUUACCUAGGGCUUUAUCUCUGCUCUUUAUUCCUCAGAAGAGCUGCGUUUGCAGCUGCAGUUGGCGUGCACAUCGUACUAAUGAUUGUUUAUCUCAUCGCAUAUUACGUCAAUGAUUCCAAGGACCCUGUGAACGCAUUCGACAUAGCCCUCGAUAUUCAAGGCGUACUUGGUCUCACCUCGCCAGCAGCGAACCUACUCCGAACUUUCUUCAUAGCAACCGAUAACUUCGGCAUCACCUGCGGCGAGACAGGGUGGUAUGAUCUGCAUCCCAUAGCAUUUCAACUUUAUGGUGGUGUCUACAUGAACCUAGUUCUACAGAUCAUGUUCUGUAGUUUUGUGCUUACAUAUAUCGAAACUGGAAGCUCAGCAUGGUUUUUCAAGCUUCUCCCAAAAAGAAAGAUGCCAGCGACUCCAGCACAAUUAGACUUUGGUAUCGAGGGAAGAGAGUCUCCGAACUUUGAACCAACAGCCGAGCACGAUGAUGAUAUCCCCCUCAAGGCUCUCAAAGGAAAAAACAAUGUCCUUGUCCUCGUUGUCUCCAAGAUAACCAAAUUUUUCAAGUCGCUGCUAGCAGUACAAGAAAUUUCUCUCACCAUCUCCACGAAUGAAACACUAGCACUUCUCGGUGCCAACGGCGCCGGAAAAACAACAACCAUCAACAUGAUCCGUGGUCUCAUCACUCCUGAUCAUGGCAACAUAACUAUAGAUGGGAUCAGUGUCCUCACUUCACCUCAACAAGCACGAAUCCACACUGGUGUCUGCCCUCAAGAUGACGCGAUUGACGAGCUCACCGUCCGCCAAACACUAAGCUUCUACGCGAGUAUCAAAGGUCUGCGGGACGUCAAGGGGAAUGUCGACGGCGUGAUGCGCGCAUUCGGCAUAGAAACCUUCGCCGACCGCCUCAUUACCAAGCUAUCGGGCGGUACCAGAAGGAAAGUCAUGGUCGCGAUCGCCAUCCUCGGGAAUCCGCGACUGCUGCUGCUGGACGAGCCGUCGACUGGGCAAGAUGCCGGUGCCAAACGCGUUUUGUGGAAGAUCUUGCGUUCGCUGAGUAACAAUCGCGCGAUUCUGAUUACCACGCAUAGUAUGGAGGAGACGGAAGCACUGGCGACGAAAGUGGCCAUUGUCGACAAGAAAAUGUUGGCUUCGGGCACGACGUCGCAGUUGCGAUCGCGCUUUGGAGGGUUUUAUCGCGUGCGGGCGUCUUAUGAGGUGGGGCGGGAGACGGAAUUGGAGACGGCGCUUAGGGGCAUGUUUGGGACGCAGGUGCGGAAUCUCAAGUGUGCGUUUGGAGAGGUGGAGUUUGAGCUGCCGUAUGAGAGGAAGAUGAUUGGGAGGAUUAUGCUGAGUAUGGAGACUUUGAUGGUGGAUAAGGAGGGGGUGGCUGGGAUUGAGAGGACGAUGGUUGGGCAUGAUACGAGAAAUGUGUCGAAGGUGUUGAGGGACUAUACUAUUUUAGAGCCAUCCAUGGAUGAUGUUUUCUUGAAUGUUUGUAAUGAGGCCGAGAUUGGAAUCUUGUAG